AUGGCCGACGAUGAUGAUUUCGCCCCAAGUCAAACCACAGGUUACAAGGUCGGAGAAAAGAAAUCCAUCGAUGAAUAUAAAAUGUUAGAUGCGAACGAUGAAUCUUUGAACAAGUGGAAGGAAAGCCUUGGUCUAAACAAAGUGUCAGGUAAGGGCAUAUGCUUUGACUUGGAGAUUGCACCCGUCAAGUGCUUAAGCUUACACAUAUACAUAUUGAAUUUAGGCGCUACCUCCAAUGGUCCUCGGGUGGUCAUCUUGCAACUUGCACUUGAAGUUAGCGGAAGGGAUGAUGUCGUACUGGAUUUGUCUUCUCCAGGGGCACUCGAACACGUCAAGAAUACACCCUUUGUCAUUAAAGAAGGUGUUGAAUACCGCAUGAAAGUUAAAUUCAGGAUUCAAGAUGAUGUUGUGUCAGGUCUCAAAUAUUUGCAGGUCGUCAAAAGGAAGGGUAUUAGAGUUGACAAAACCGAGGAGAUGAUCGGUAGUUAUGGUCCCAGCGAGACUCCUUAUGAGAAGAAAUUUCUGCCUGAGGAAGCCCCAAGUGGUCUCCUCGCUCGUGGUCAUUACGAGGCGAAGAGUAAAUUUAUCGAUGAUGACGGUAAAUCUCACAUCGAAUGGUCUUGGUGUUUUGACAUCAAAAAGGAUUGGGAUUGA